AUGGACGACUCACUCGACCCAGCGGAGUUGUUCAAGGCGGAGGUUCGACGCAAAGCCCAGGCGGACGGCCUCUCCGCCGAUGAGGCCGAGGUGCUCGCCAGCGUCGCGCUCGACGUGCUCCGCGUCAAGGCCGCGAGCAAGAGGCCCGGCUCGCCCGUGACGAAGACGGAACUGGCCGACGCCGUCAAGCAGCACGCCGUCGAGGAGGUGGAGAAGAGCAACGCCCGGAAGGAGAAGCUCCUGGAGGAGGGACUGAACCUCAUCGGGGCUAUGACCCAGGAGGAACUUGACGAGUUUAUGGAGAACAACACGGAUGAGUAUAGCGACGAUUACUACGACUACGAAGAAAGUGAAGACGACCGAGAGGGACAUGUGGUGGGGACGGAGGAGUGUGGAGUCCUUGGUCGUCAGGCGAAGCGGUUCGUGUUCGAGGCGGACGGUCUCGAGGAGGUUUUUGGCGAGGAGGAAGAGAAACCCUAUGACUUGUGCGCCGACAUGGCCAGCUUGCGCCUCAGCAUGUGUCGCGAUGGCAUGGACCUCAUCACCGCUCUCUGCCAGAGCGUCGAGCUCACCGUCGAGAUCGCCAAGCACCUCCGUCCCGAGGACCUCCUCACGCUCUACUCGACCAGCCGCGCAUUCUAUCAGACCUUCAACGGACACGCUCUCUCCGUCAUCCGACAGAUCAUCGCGCACAAGGCCCCCGAGGCCGGGCGAGUCUUCGCCUUCAACAUGUACCGCCGACAUCUCGUCAUCGACCCCGCCGGCCGCGUCUGGGGCUAUCAGAUGUCCGAGGCCGAGCGCUAUGCCAACAACAUCAAGUCCAAGAAGGUCAGGACGGUUCCCGGAAUGCGGUACCUCCAGCUCGUGCUCACGCGCGACCGCUGCUGCCGCGAGAUCCUCGCCAUGCUGGCCCGCAUGGGGCACCGCACCCCCCGCGGGACGCUCGACGCGCUGCUGCGCAUGUGGCUUACCAUGGAGGUCGGCCUCACGUCGCAGCGGGAGGCCAUGAUGCGCAGCAAGCUCCUCUGGCGCAACAGGGACCUCUUCAACGCGCAGCUCUUCUUCGUCAAGCUGACCAUGCUCUCCAACGAGCCCUCCUUCGGCGAGCGCAGGGUCAACAUCCUCCAAAUUUGCCUCAGCCAGCGCUGCGGCCUCAUGUUCCUCUGGGAGGUGCUCUUGCGCAAGCGCUGGACCACCGCGGCGGAGAUCAUGCAGGUCAAGCUCGCGUACAGGACCGCGCUGCGGAACACGAGCCUGGACAUCGACAGGAACAAGCCAACGUUUGGGGUGCCAUUCAUCAACAUUAACCAGGGCCACUCCGAGGGCUGGGGCUCGGGCCACGCCCACCUCAUGCGCCCGGACGAGCUCGUCGCCGGGGAGAGCAUCAGACGCGGGCUCGACCUCCACAUCCACCUCAAGUUCAUGGCCCUCUGGGGCUACUGGGACUGGUUCACGGGCGAAAACCUGGUCCCCACGGAGGAGGAGAUUUACAUCUCGGACGAGGAGACGACGCUCGCGCACAUGGACACGAGCCACCACUGGAAGAAGAAGCACGCCAUGAAGAAGCGCUGGCUGACGCUCACCCCCGAGCAGCAGCGCCAGGUCCGCGAAACCGACGAGGACGAGCGCCUCAUGGCCCUGGCCUGGGCGUCGAAGGAGCAGAUGAUCGCCGAGGACAUGGGCGACGGCGAAGCGCGCGCCCCGAAACUCGAACACGAGAUCGAGCGCGGCAUCAUCGUCCACAUGCCCAAGUCGAAGCUCCAGCCGCCAAAAGCGACCGACAGCGUCGCCGCCUGGGCCGAAUACAGCAGCAAGGCACUCAGCGGCGUGCCCCACGAGCCGGCAGGCGACGAAGCGCUGCGUGCGCAGGCCCUGCACCAUCACGGCCCCGAGGCGGACGAGUGGGACUGGCUGGACUGGCUGGAGCAAGACCUCUAUAGCAAGGACGCUCUGCCAGCAGCCGCGACGGCUCAGCAGGCGCAGGAAGACGCCGAGAUGGCCGACGGCGAAGACGAUGGAGACGAAGACGAAAGCGAGGACAACGACGACGAAGCUGGCAGCUCUGAUGACUACGGCUCGUAUUGCACCGACGACAACGGCGAGGCGGGUGACCAAGACAUGGAAGCCGACGAGGAAACGGGGGACAUUGUCGAGGAAGUCCUCGCCCGCGUAAACGGUGGGGAGGACGUGGUCAUGGCCGACGGCGGCGGCACCACGGGUUCGGCGGAGGAGGACCACAUGCUGGAGGACGAGGACGAUAUGAGUGAUUGUUCGGGCGUCAUGCUGCGGAGCGGACAGGAUCUCGAGGGCUUUGUCAAUGGCUUCUUCCAGGGCAAUGACUUGUGA